GGUCAUUCUCGGCUGCCGUACAUACAUUCUCGCAGAGGGAGAAAGAAGGCGCGCGGUGUGUAUAAAUAUAUUUAUAUUUCGCGUUGCCGUUCAGCGUUAAUGAAGCCCCAUAUGCGUGUUGUCGCGCGCAUGCCCACGCGCAGGCUGAGUGGUCUCGAGCUGAAUGAGUAUGUGUGUGGGACUGACGGACGGAAGGACUGACGGACGCCUCGUCACUUCGCAUCUUCAUCCUGAGACGCUUCAGGAGCUCUCGACGGCGCUGCGAGCGCCCGCUGAGAGAUGAUAAACUGGUGGAGAUAACAAAGGAAAAGGAAGGGAAUCUAGAGGUUCUUUAGGAGCGCAGGGAGGGUCCAGACAUGGCCGGAGGGGGAGCGAGGAAGGGGAAACGGACUGGGCUCCCUGGGUUCUGCUGGAAGACCUGCUACUUUAACGUCCUCUUCUGGGUGGUGUCUGUUUGUGGAGAAGAAAGGACCUUCAUCGUGGAGACAUGGUUGAAGAAUUAUGGCUACCUGCUCCCCGACAACAUACGAACAUCAGACUUACGGUCCGAAAAAUCCAUGCAGUCUGCAGUUGCUGCCAUGCAGCGGUUCUAUGGCAUUCCUGUGACAGGUGUCCUCGACCAAACAACCAUUGAGUGGAUGAAGAAACCUCGUUGUGGUGUUCCUGAUCACCCACACUUCAGCAGACGGAGGAGAAAUAAACGUUAUGCCCUCACCGGUCAGAAAUGGAGGGACAAAAAAAUUUCAUACAGCAUACACAACUUUACACCAAAGGUGGGGGAGAAGGAUACACAGCGGGCAAUACGGCAGGCCUUUGAUGUGUGGCAAACCGUCACCCCACUGACUUUUCAGGAAGUGGCCUAUCCUGAGAUCAAGAAAGAUGGAAAGGAGGCAGACAUUAUGAUUUUCUUCGCCUCAGGAUUCCAUGGUGACAGUUCACCAUUUGACGGGGAGGGAGGUUUUUUAGCGCAUGCCUACUUCCCAGGUCCUGGAAUCGGAGGAGACACGCAUUUCGACUCAGAUGAGCCCUGGACUUUAGGAAACUCUAACCAUGAUGGUAAUGACCUUUUCCUGGUUGCCGUCCAUGAGUUGGGCCAUGCAUUGGGUCUUGAACAUUCCAAUGACCCCAGUGCAAUCAUGGCCCCUUUUUACCAGUAUAUGGAGACCCACGACUUCAAACUACCACUAGAUGACCUUCAAGGCAUCCAGAAAAUAUAUGGUAUCCCAACAGCAAUGUUGGAGCCAACACGGCCUCUUCCCACCCUCCCAGCUCGACGGACUCAUUCUACGUCUGAGAGGAAGCAUGACCGGCAGACCCGCCCGCCUCGACCUCCAUCUGGAGACCGCCCCUCUUCUCCUGGUUACGGAAGACCCAACAUAUGUGACGGCAACUUCAACACAGUGGCCUUUUUCAGACGAGAAAUGUUUGUUUUCAAGGAUCGAUGGUUCUGGCGUUUGCGCAAUAACAAAGUACAGGAGGGAUACCCCAUGCUGAUUGACCAGUUUUGGAAAGGGCUGCCACCUCGCAUUGAUGCUGCCUAUGAGAGAUCUGAUGGCAAAUUUGUCUUCUUUAAAGGUGACAAGUACUGGGUUUUUAGGGAGGUUACAGUUGAGUCAGGAUACCCCCACAGCCUGGUGGAGCUGGGGAACUGUCUGCCCCGUGACGGAAUUGACACAGCCCUCCGCUGGGAGCCCGUGGGUAAGACGUACUUCUUUAAGGGUGACCAGUACUGGCGUUAUAACGAGGAGAAGCGGAUGACUGACCAGGGCUAUCCCAAACCCAUCACUGUGUGGAAGGGCAUCCCUGAGGGACCUCAAGGAGCAUUCAUCAGCCGGGAGGGAUUUUACACCUACUUCUACAAAGGAAAGGAUUACUGGAAGUUCGACAACCAGAAGCUGAUGGUGGAGCCAGGCUACCCAAAGUCCAUCCUCAAGGACUGGAUGGGCUGCGACCAAUCCGAAAUGGAGAAGAACAGGCACCUCCCUCACGACGACAUCGACAUCAUGGUAGCCAUCAACAAUAUGCCGAGCACUGUAAACGCGAUUGCCGUGGUGAUUCCCUGCAUCUUGUCUCUGUGCAUUCUGGUCCUCGUCUAUACCAUCUUCCAGUUUAAAAACAAAGCCGCCCCCCAGCAUGUGACCUACUACAAACACCCAGUGCAGGAAUGGGUAUGACAGGCAGGGGACACAGCAGAAUUAAACACUAGAGGACAGUAGCCAGGGCUACUAAGACAUUGGAAGCACCUACAUGACCAGUGGUUUUAGUGGAUGUGGUGAAGUCCCUGUUUAUCCAUCUGUAACAAAACCAAAACCACAAACAUUGUCUUUGUUGGCUUAAUUCCUCAGGGCCUUCCCUCCCAAACAUUCCAACAGGGAGGCAACAAGGCAGUUAGAGGACCAACACACUGAUUUUCAACCCUCAACCGAGGGGAGCCAGUAGCUAGACUCCAGCAAAUCUUUUUUUUGUUGCUCCUAACACGAACUUGUACAGGAAUGUCAAGAAUUUUUUUAAGUAAACGAAAACAACAGAGGUUGUUAAAUGUCAAACACUUGAAUAACAAUGUCAGUAGAAUGGCCAUAGAACAAAAAAAACAAGUUUUCUUUACCUUCUUUACAACUUUUUGAUGGUGUACAAAACAACACUUCAACACUGGCAUUUUAGUGUGUGUCUGGGGGGGGGGUGCCUUUCUUCUGACUGCUACUCAGAUUUCUCAGAUUGGUUGAGGAGAUUAGGUAUGACAUGAUCUUUUAUUUGAUCUUUGAUCAGGAAAUGUGAUUUUUUUAGGGAUUCGUCACAGAGAAUUGGAAGAUGUUAGGAAGAAGGAAGCCGUUUUCUGUGGAGUUUGAUGAUUUGGAAUUGAAUAGGCAACUGUUGAUCAGUGUAUUAAUGGUUUCUUUAACAUGUUUUGUCUCUUUAAAGCGAGAAUUUCCUUUUCUGUCUCUGCUAAUAUUAUUAUGACGCCACCUAUGUGUCAUUUUUUAUAAACAUGGUGUUUCCUAAAAAUGACCUGUGUUUGCACAUUUAGAAUAUAAUUUAAUGUUCUGUCCAUUUAACAUUUUAGAGGUCAGUUUUAGGCAGGUGAUGCAUUAUCAUUAUUCAACAUAAAAACCACUCGGCCCUGUAUUAGAGGAUCUUUUUCACAGGUCUUGUUUGUUAAUAUAUUGCAGUAUUGAGGCUAAAUGCUGAUUUUUAACAUGAUUAGCAGACCACACAGCAGAUGUUUCAUGUUUUUUAAAGAACAAUCCUUGAAGAUCAUGAGAAUUUUGAACUCAUGAGCGGAUAUUUCUGAAUUGGUUUAGUGGUACACAAAAGUCACGGUUUUGACCAGGCUUUGUAGUGUUUAAACAUUAGCAUGUUCAGUGUAUUAUCACACACACCCCACAACAAUGACAUAAUUAUCUGAAAAAGUCUGAAAACCUUGCAUUCAAUGUAAACAAAACAGAAAAAAGAAAAAGGAAAAAACAGAAAUCUGUAAGACAACAAAUGUGAGAAAUUAUUACAAAGUUCCCACAAUACCCUGCAAAAAAAUUGUUAUGUCUAGGUGGAACUCAUGCUUAAGAAAUUUGAAUCCCCCUUUCUGAUUCAGAGUAACUGAAACAAAAAAAUACCAAAAUGAAUCCCAACAUUGUCAGCUCUAUUGUUACAGACUAAAAUGGUUAAAACAUGCAGUGUAACAUUACAGUGACUAUUUCUGUUGAACAGUUCCCUCACCUGUGUGCAGUAUCUCCUUUUCUUUAGUUUCUAUUGUCUAUCAAGCACUGAUACAUACUGUAAAAGCACCACAGUCGAGGAAUUUAUCUCAUAGUUGUCCUCUAUAAACCUUUAAAAAAAUCACAUUUUACCUAUUUUAAGCAGACAGACAUGUGGAAGCAACUUUAGAACAGUGUAAAUCAGAGGUGUGUAACUACUCCAUAUGUACACUCCUGAGGGAAAUCCUAAGACCAGUUAUAAAAUUGCACUAUACGAUUUUAAGAAGGUUCAAGAAAGGAUGCAAGAAACCAAAUAUAUAUUGGCAACUGCAUUUACACUUAAACAUGCUUUUUUCGGCUGAUGAAAAGUUUAAUACCACAGCCCUCAAGAGGAGCGAAUCAGGAAAAGCCCCUGGACUGAUGUCAACCUGUAAAUUAGGAUUCAUGACCUUGCCCGUCUUGGCUUGCGACCGCCCACUGCAAGGCCGUGGAGGGAGUGUCACAGUGCUGUUAGCCAAACAAAGGCGAUACAUUUGCAUCCCAUGAAUACUCAUGAGUAACAACCGAAAUCCUGACGUUCAUCCUCGCCCACCCCCAAACUAAAACAGCCUGAAACAGCAACACAAAAACCUGUUCACAGGGCAUUCAUCCAUACUAGAGACCUCUGCAACAUCAGUGAAAAACAUAAAAGGAGACCUUUAAAGGAUCCUGAGGGUUAUGGAGCGAAAAGUCAGGUGGUAGACCCAAAAAAAUUAACCCACACCGAGCCACAUGAUCUGAUUGACUGAUUGUUGAGACACGGAUCAAUCCGCAACCCAAAUUAAGGCCAUUACUGGUAUUGCCUGCAGUUGAGUACCCAUCAGUCAGCAUCUGCCAGGGACAGGCUUCAGAAACAAAAAAGGUCUUCAAAGGCCACGUCUUCUUCACUGUUUGGGAUUUGCAAGAGAACACCAAACAUUGGACAUUAAAAGGUAGAAGAAGGUUUCAUUCGCUUAGAAAUAAAUUUACCUUGACUGUCCUGAUGGCCUUCAACAUUACUGGCAUGACGAAAACGCCCGCCUGACAAAGGACUUCUUCCAGAAGAAGAAUAAUACUCUUUUGGACCAUCCUGCGAGUUCCCCUGAUCUACAAUCUGAAUAAGAACAUUUGGGGAUGGAUGGCAAGUGAAGUUUUAAAAAAUGGACAUCAGUUCCACACCUGUGUGAAGCCAACUUCUACAUUUGGAACAAUGUUCACACAAGCCUCCUGGAAACACUAAAUCUAGCAUGCAUACAUGAUUGUUUGAUGUGAUCAAUAAGAUUGGUUAAGCUACUAAGAGUGCUUUUUUGACACUUUGAGUUUGUUUUAAGAGAGUUUUAUAAGUACUGCUGAUUCUUUAUAAAUAUUUUCUGAAUCUCCCCAUUAUCAACUGUUGUGGUACAGUAGGCUGGACUUUAGCCUACAGGUUCCCAUCAUUUGCCUAAAUGUUUUAUUAGAGGCGUAAAUGUUAUAACAAAGGUUCCUUCACUUUGAUCAUUUAUAUCUUUACAAACGAUAAAUAAUGAUAGCAGUGCUGUGCAUAUCUAUAGUAGAGUUUUUGGCCUUCUAUUAAAAGAACAAAGCAUUACUUGAGUUUAUUCUAAUGUUAUACAGAGUUAAUUGCUGGUAGGCACACUCACUAAUCACUGACUGUUCUUUCUCUGUAUUGUUCAGUCUCUCUGCUGAUAUUUCUACUGAUAUAAAUACAGUUAGGUAGGUUGCUGGCCUAUCAGUAACACUUCAGAUUGUGCCCCAAAUGCCCAUUAUACCCUUGAUAUAUUAAACGUUUCUGAAUGGUCGGUCAAAAUGAAUGUUUUCUUCAGACAUGCAUCUGUAUGUGGUCAGAGCCAGCAGAUGCAUCUGAAUAAGAGAAAAUUAAGUGUUCUCGGCUUUUGUCUUCCAAAAAACUCUUCACUCUAAUUAGCAUUCUGUGUGUGUGUGUGAGAGAGAGAGAGAGAGGGGUUUGUGUGUUAGAUGGUUUGUGCAUAUCUCUGUAGGUCUUCUUUAAGAAAUUGUGCCUUGCUUUAAAUGUUUAAUUAGGAGCACUCGUUAGCUACACACAACAAAUUAUGUGCUUUUUACACCUUUAUAUCAACUAUUUUUUUGUCUGCACUGUUAAUAACUGAUCAUUUGAGCCCAUAUCAUGUAAUAUUCAUAUUUAAGCUCAAGAACAGAUUCUUUAAUUUUUUUUUUUUUUGUAAAGACAAUAAUUCUACUGAAUAAAGAACCAUUAUAACUCAACUAGUUGAAUGCCGUUUUUCAAAUACAACCCAACUCAUAAAAAGUUGGGACAGUAUGAAAAGCAUGUGGUCAGUACAUGGUUCUCCAAACAUUCUCUAUUGGGAACAGGCCGAUCUGCCUGCGGUAACCAAACCCUUCUUCCACAGCCAUGCCUUUUUAGAAUGUGCAGCAUGUGGUUUUGCUUUGUCAAGAUUUUUGAACUACUUCCUCUCCAAACAGUGUUCCCUGAAAUGCACAAUUGAAAUAUCUCAGGUUCAUGCUUUUAUUGUUUCUCACUAAAGAUGAGCUUUCACACUGUGGCAGUUUAUGUUGUGCUAGUUCUCCCUGACACAGUUGUGUUGUUAGGACAUUUGAAAAGUUCACACAUAUACAUUUUAUGGGGCAGUGGCUGAACGUUUAGGUGUGUUACACUCACUCUAAUCAGGACUGCAGAAGAAGUAAGAGUGAAAUGAAUUCCUGCUGUCUGGUGUCAGAAUUAAGCAGUUGGGGAACAGUAGCAUUUAUGGUUUAAUAUCUACAACGAUUUUUCUACAGAGCAGAGCCAUACCAACAUUAAUCCUGGCUGUAUUAGAGAGUAAACAGGUGUGCAUUUCCUGAUAACAAAAUAUCUUAUCGAUUUUACUUUAAGAACACCAAUUCUGCAAAAGCCUUCUUAUUCUGCCAAGUUAUAAACGGGUUUUAUGUAGUAUCUGCGCUAGAAAAAAAAACAGCAGUCAAAACUGAACCACAGCUUUACAUACACUUUCUUAAUAUUAUACCACAAAAGUAUCAUUAAGCAAAUAUUAAUCUAAAAUAAAUAAGUAUUCAAAAAGUAGUAUUAAACAAAAAUAAAGAAAUGUUUAAAAAGCCAGUAUAUGGGCAAUAUAUUUACAUUUUAUGCCCAAUGUUCAUUACUAACUUCAUUACUAAUUACUCUAUCAAUAUUUAGUGCAAUGGUGUUCCUUACCUCUAACAGGUAAAGGUUCAAUUAGGAUUAUUCACAAAUUUAUCAUAAAAAAAGUACAUAAAAAUUUCUUACUUUUUUAAUGUUUUACUACAUAGUUACUUUUGAAAGACCAAUGUAAAAAAACAUUAGUUCUACAUAACAUUGCAAUUUUGUUUUAGUUUUUGUUUUUGCAGGUGGUGGUUGCAAAUAUGUGAGAUGAAACAUUUUCAUAUUAUAUCUUGAUUACAGUAAAUAAGGCAAGCAGAAGACGUUUCAUACUGAAAAAUGAAAUGGUCAAUGUCACAUAACAGUAGGGUUCAAAUAAUACAACACAAAAAUAAUAUGUUUGCAUGGUUUUAUUAAACACAUGUUAAUAUUCACAGUGAGGGGAAAAAGGUAUGUAAAUCUUUAGAUUUAAUAACUGGUUGACCCUCCUUUGGCAGCAAAAACCUCAACCAAACGUUUCCUGUAUUUGCAGAUCAGACCUGCACAACAGUCAGGAGGAAUUUUAGAUCAUUUCUCUUCACUAAACUGUUUCAGUUCAGCUAUAAUAUUCUUGAGAUAUCUGGUCUGAAUAACUUUCUUGAGGUCAUGAUGCCACAGCAUCUCAAUUGGGUUGAGGUCAGGACUCUCCAGAAGGAGUAUUUUCUUCUGUUGAAGCCGUUCGGUUGUUGUUUUACUUCUAUGUUUUGGGUAGUUGUCCUGUUGCAACAUCCAUCCUCUGUUGAGCUUCAGUUGGUGGUCUUAGGUUUCCUGCAAAAUGUCUUUGUUGGAAUUAUUUUUUUCGUUGAUGACGGCAAUCCGUCCAGGACCUGAAGCAGCAAAGCAGCUCCAAUCCAUGAUGCCCCCUCCACCAUAUUUCACAGUUGGGAUGAGGUUUUGAUGAUGGUGCGCUGCUGUGCCUUUUUUUUCCACAUGGUGUGUUCCUAAACAACUCAAUUUUGGUUUUAUCUGUCCACAGUAUAUUUAGUCAGUACUGCUGUGGAACAUCCAUGUG